AGAAUCAAAUAACAAUAAUAUAAAUAAUAAUAACAAUAAUAAUAAUAUAAACUACAAGAAAACGCCAUUAUUACCAGAACAAAAAGCAAAUGAAGACACAAUAAUUAAAAAUACAUCUUCAAUGGAACAUCAGACUCAAAUUCAUAAUAAAAAUGAAUCAUAUUUUAAAAAAUUAUUUAAUUUUAAAACUGAAUUAAUUUGGUUAAAUAUCGUCAGUAUUAUUGGAUUUCAUUUUUUUGCUGUGUAUACACUAUAUCUUUAUGAUUGGUUAAACUUUCCAAAUUCAGUGUACACGGUCUUGUGGGCUGUUGUUACUGGUGGUAUAGCUGGAUUUGGUGUAACAGCUGGAGCUCAUCGAUUGUGGUCACAUAGAUCGUACAAAGCAAAACUACCCUUAAGAAUAAUAUUAAUGCUGUGUUAUGCUAUGGCAGGCCAGAAUCGGUUAUACGAUUGGGUACGUGAUCAUCGCGUUCAUCAUAAGUUUAGUGAAACUGAUGCCGAUCCUCAUAAUGCAAAUCGUGGAUUCUUUUUUGCACAUGUUGGAUGGUUAAUGAUGCGAAAACAUCCGGAUGUAUUGCAGAAAGGAAGACUCAUUGAUAUGUCUGAUAUUUUGGAAGAUCCCGUUGUGCAGUUUUUUGAAAGAUAUUUUUAUUUUAUCAAAUUCACUAUGUGCUUCAUAAUACCAAGUGCAAUACCAAUGUAUUUUUGGAAUGAAACAUGGUUUUAUGCAAUUUGUUCACAAUCUGUUAUUCGCUAUGUAUCAUCAUUAAAUUUUACAUGGCUUGUUAACAGUGCUGCACAUAUUUGGGGUAAUAAACCAUAUGACAGACGUAUUGGCCCAGUCGAAAAUAUGAGCGUUGCUCUUGUUGCAAUGGGUGAAGGUUGGCAUAAUUAUCAUCAUGUAUUUCCAUGGGAUUAUAAAGCAGCUGAAUUGGGUAAUUAUCGUGUAAAUAUCACUACAUUUUGGUUGGAUUUAUUUGCAAAGAUUGGUUGGGCUUAUGAUUUAAAAGCUCCAUCCAAGGAAUUAAUUCAAAAAGUUAUUGAAAAAUCUGGUGAUGGUACACAUUCCGUUUUUGGUGAAAAAGAAAUUUCUGAAAAUGAAGACAAAUGGAGAAAACAAAAGCAAAAUUAG